UCUUACAUUCCAAAUUCCAAUAGAAUAAUAUAUAAUAGAUUCUUCUUAACUGGGAUUAAAAUUAGCAUCUUUCUAAACCCUACUGCUCGCUUGGAAAGCCAAAACAAUAAAACAAGACCUAUGCAAAAAGAGUCUAUUCCUCUUUUAGGUAUUAAGAAUAUAAACCGACAUGUUUGGUUCGUGAUAAAAUAAAGUGAGAUAAAUUGUCCACCGAAGAAAGGAUAUUUUGUCAUUUUAUGAUAAAAUUCUUAUUCUGGAAUAAGUUAUCCCAUCUUCUUAGACAAAAUAAUUUCACAUAUGCGAGAUAAAAUGACAUCUAAAAAAUUUCUCGAUUUUGAUCUGAGAAUUCACUGAGUCACACUCACACACCUUGGAGUCUUCCUCGAGUCAUACUCACUGCUGAGUCCGGUCCACCUAGUCCAACCAAUCAAAGUCAAAUAAUUAUAAAGAGUUGGUGCUUAUAAAAGUUCUCUUUUUUUGAGUCCUUGUGUGAAUGCAAAAUUUAAAAACUCGGCAUUUCUCUGAAAACCCAGAAAACAAAAAGGAAGAAGAGAGCAACAACAAAUGAAAAUGGCGGUGAUUGCGCCAAAAACAAUGGCAGAGAUGUGGACAACGGUGGGCUCAACGAUAGCUAGUUUCGUGUUUGUUUGGGCAAUCAUCUGCCAAUACUGUCCCAACGAGCUUCGUCGCUACGUAGAAAAAAACACACAUCGACUAGCAAGCUUUUUCUAUCCCUAUAUUCGAGUUUCCAUCCACGAAUUCACUGGAACCCAUCUCAAGCGCAGUGAAGCCUACGCCGCAGUGGAGGCAUAUCUCAGUGUGAAUUCAUCUAAUAGUGCUAAGAGACUCCAAGCUGAGAUGGGAAAAGACAGCAAGAAGCUAGUGCUCACAAUGGAUGAGAAUGAGAAGGUGACAGAUGAGUUUCAAGGAGUGAAAGUUUGGUGGGUUUUGAGCAAAAUUGUGUCGCCACAACGGUCCAUUGCGUACUAUCCAGAGCCAGAGACACGAUUCUACAAGCUUACGUUCCAUAAGCAAUAUAGGGAGAUGAUAAGCGAGUCAUACCUUGAGCACGUGAUGAAGAAUGGGAAGGAAAUUGGAGUGAAGUUCAGGCAAAGGAAGCUUUACACAAAUGGCGGUACAUAUAAACGGUCAAGCCUCAAACAGACUAUGUGGAGCCACAUAGCCUUUGAGCAUCCGGCUACAUUUGAAACAAUGGCAAUGGAGCCAGAGAAGAAGCAGGAGAUCAUGGAAGAUCUUCUGACUUUCAGUCAAAGUAAAGAUUUUUACGCUCGGAUUGGAAAGGCGUGGAAACGGGGAUACCUACUAUAUGGUCCCCCGGGCACGGGGAAAUCUACCAUGAUUGCUGCAAUGGCAAAUUUGUUGAAUUAUGAUGUUUAUGAUCUUGAACUAACCGCUGUUAAAGACAAUACAGAGCUAAGGAAGCUAUUGAUAGAGACUACAAGUAAAUCUAUCGUUGUGAUUGAGGAUGUUGAUUGCUCACUUGAUCUUACAGGUCAAAGAAAGAAAUUAGAGAAAGCUACAGAAGACCAGAACGAGCAAGGGAAGAAGGAAACGUAUCUGAAAGAACCGAGGGAAGAGAGUAACAUCAGCAGAGUUACGCUUUCUGGACUUCUGAAUUUCAUUGACGGCCUCUGGUCUGCUUGCGGGGGAGAGAGAAUAAUCGUUUUCACAACUAAUUAUAUGGAGAAGCUCGACCCUGCUCUAAUAAGAAGAGGACGGAUGGACAAGCAUGUUGAGCUUUCAUAUUGUAGUUUUGAGGGAUUUAAGGUACUUGUGAAGAAUUACCUUAAGGUAGAAGCACAUCCGUUGUUCGAAUCAAUUAAGCAAUUGAUCGACGAGGCCAAGAUUACACCUGCUGACAUUGCAGAGACGCUAAUGCCCAAGUCCCAAAGAGAAGAAGAAGAAGAUGCAGAGAAAUGUCUUUCUAAACUGAUCCGAGUUCUUGAGGAUGCAAAGAAAGAAGUGGCUAUGAAGGAGGAAUCAAGAGCAAAGGAUGAUUCCCUGCUGCAAGACAAGCAAGAAACUGAAAAAUCAUUGAAUUAACGGCACAAACUAUGUUUCUAGAUACAAAUCUUAUAUAUAAAUAUUCAACUUGAAAAGUGUCAAGA